GGACGUUAGGGGGCGACACUUGCUGAUAAUAACCAGAGACUCUGUGGCGUAGAGGAAGACAAGCCCACUGGUCUUUCAACAUUCUGCGGUGUUUUCGGUCCAGUCUCGGUCGGGGGAAAGACCGAGACCUUUCUUAACAGGAGGUAGAGUUCGCUGUGCUUCAACUCUGCUGCAAUGUUAACACUGAUCUGAAACUACAGAUCUGCUGGUUCUGAUACAUGACAGCGCACACCAGUCAUGGAGUUUAAUAAAUUGGUGACCUUGUGGAUAUUUUGCUUGUGUCUCGUUGGAGAAAGUUGGACUGAAAAACCAACACCUACACCGGAAAGUCAGAUUGUUGAAAAUGGGGUUUCAGAUUUGUGUCGCAUCGAUGAGCCGCUAUGCAAGGAUGAGAAUGGAAUUCUCAGUUAUGAGGCUAUCCGUAGUAUCCACAAGCAGAUGGAUGAUGACGCAAACGGCAAUGUAGACGUGGCAGAGACAGACGGCUUCCUGAGAGAAGAUCUAAACUACCACGACCCCAAGGCUAAGCAUAACACUUUCCACGGUGAUGACCAGUUCAUCAGUGUGGAGGACUUGUGGAAAGCAUGGAAGAGCUCUGAAGUGUAUAAUUGGACUGUGGAUGAGGUGGUGGAAUGGCUCAUCACCUAUGUGGAACUGCCACAAUAUGUGGAGGCCUUUCGCAAGAAGAAUUUUAAUGGAAGUGUCAUGCCAAGGCUCGCUGUGAAGAACACCACUCUGACACUCUCUAUUCUGAAGAUUCUGGAUCGCAGCCAUGUGCAAAAGUUGCAGCUCAAAUCUUUGGACACUGUACUGUUUGGAGCACCCCUAAUGAAUAGACAUAACCACUUGAAGGACUUCAUGCUGGUAGUGUCGAUAGUCAUAGGCAUGGGUGGCUGCUGGUUUGCCUAUAUCCAGAAUCGCUACUCUAAGGACCACAUGAAGAAGAUGAUGAAAGACCUGGAGGGCCUGCAGAGAGCUGAACAGAGUCUGCACGACCUACAACAGAAGCUGCAGAUCGCUCAGGAGGAGCACCGUACAGUAGAAGUAGAGAAGGUGAACCUGGAGCAAAAGAUGAGGGAUGAGAUCGAUGCAGCCAAGCAGGAGGCCCAGCGUCUGAGGGAGCUGCGUGAGGGCACAGAGAAUGAACUGAGUCGCCAGAAAUACGCUGAAGAAGAGCUAGAUCAGGUGCGCAUGGCUUUGAAGAAAGCAGAGAAGGAGUUAGAGUCACGCAGUAGCUGGUCACCACCAGAGUCUCUCCAGAAGUGGCUGCAGCUCACCCAUGAGGUGGAAAUGCAGUACUACAACAUCAAGAAGCAAAAUGCUGAACGGCAGCUCCUUGUGGCCAAAGAAGGGGCAGAGAAGAUAAAGAAAAAGAGGAACACUCUCUUUGGGACUUUCCAUGUGGCUCACAGCUCCUCUCUGGAUGACGUGGACCACAAAAUACUGGCAGCAAAACAAGGCCUGGGUGAGGUGACGGCUGCUCUGCGGGAGAGGCUUCAUCGUUGGCAGCAGAUAGAGAUCCUCACAGGUUUUACCAUCGUUAAUAACCCAGGCCUUCCAUCUCUCACCUCAUCCCUCAACCUUGAUCCCAGCUUCAUGGGUGGCAGAGCUACACCUCAGCACUUCAUCAUGUCUGAGGACAUGGACGACUUGGAUGAGGAUUUCGUGCCUGGAACUCUGCAAUCUCCCAGUAUGAUGUCCCUGCGCCAACGCCACAUUGACCCCCAGCUGGCCAUGGGCUCCCAGAGAGACCUAAAUCGCUCUGACUCUGACUCCUCCCUGUCUCUCUCCCAAGUUGGUGAUCGGCUAUCUGCCUACAGCUCCAAAGGCCACCUAAUCAAGCCCACCUCUCUCAUGCACGGCAUAUCUGGGCGUGGAGAUGACACGGUCUCUCUGCAUGCUCACACCCCCAACGGAGGGAACCGCAUUCAUGAGGUCAGUCCUGCAGAGCCUGUCCCUGACAGCCCCAUACUAAUGAAGAAGGUGUACGGCAUAGAGCAGUCUCCCAGCCUGGGAGAGAUCAACAGUCUGUCAGAGUCGUCCCGCUCCUUCAGCCCCAACUCCACCGAACCUGACACACCGUCGCCUACAGGAGGACAACCGGGGGCAGCGGGGGCAAAGGGCAACAGCCGCAUCCCACAGCUGUCUUCCAAGAAGAGCCCGCUGGAGGAGGACAGCGGCUCUACGGGAGAAGACACAGAUUCCACUGCCAGCCGCAAGAAACACACCUUCAAGAUCUUCAAGAAACAGAAGAAAUAAGGGCUACACGAACUACAGGCUAGCAAAGCUGUUUGACUGUAUUCCUCUGGUCUGUUUUUGGAAAAAAAAAAAAAACGGUUCAAUGUUUUAUGGGUUCAUUAAUGGUCAAAUGAUGGCACAAUUUGUUGCCGUUGUAUCUUUUUGUAGGUACAUCACCUACUCUAGGAAACUGUGGGAGCAACCAGCUGUUCAGUUUUAUCUGCUUAUUUGGUUGGUAUGUUAAAUAUGUGGGGAACGGGUAGGUUUUUAAAUUGGAUUGUAAAGUAUUAUUUAUUCAGCAGAAAUUUGUGCAAGUCUCAAAGGCAAAUGUGUUUCCCAGUUGUUUUUUUCUUUCUUGUUCUACAAUCUAUAACAUUUAGCAUGUCUUCACUUUUGUUUGUCUGAUACUCGAAUGCUCUUAGUGUUUGCUUGGUUCUUGUCGUUUAAACUUCUUAGACAACACUUGAUGUUUCUUUUAUUACUACCUAACCACCUAGCCUACAAAUCCAAAGUGAAUGCGUACUCACUGAGUACUUUUUUUUUUAUUGAUGGUUACAUGUUUUUUCUGUCUUUUGUUUUCUUCUUCUUGGCAGAGCAAAUGACACAUUCAGAAGAUCCUCAAACAGAGGAGUAGUACUAGAAGGCUCGGAGUUCCAUUUAGUAUUAGCCACUGAAAUUUCACUUUUGUCUGUUAAAAAAAAUAAAUAAAAAAAUGUGUUAAGUGCCAUUGAGCACAGCAAUAGUACUUGGUGUGGUUUUAAAAUGCUCGAUAAUACUUUGCAACCUUGGAUGUCAUCCAAAAGAGAGUUGAACAAGCCGUAAAUCUCUCUGUAAUAAGUUACAAAAGGACCAUCAAAUUGCAGCAUUAGACCUUUUGCUUUGGUUUUAGUGUUUAGUUGUUGGGUGCGUGAGAGGGUGAGAGAGAAGUGCUUUGCUCAAAAGUCCAGCUUUUAAACGAUGCCAAAACGUUGAACCACAUACACAAGUGUUAAUUUAAUGAACAGGAUGCGAGUAACUUGAAUUUUGCUCCGGCUGUUUUAUUUUUGUUUUAGGGACUAUAGGUGGACGAUGAAAACUUCACAGCAGUUUGUCCGUGUGAGAUGGGUGCUGGUAAGGGCUAUUUACAAGGCAAACCUCAUUUGCUCUGUGCAAGAUAGAAAUGUUCAAGUUGUAACCACUUUGUAAUCCACCUUUUUAUGGAAGAUUUCUCUCAAGUUAUGAAAGCAGAAGACCAAUCGCGGUUCAAGUGUCAAAUCGCUAUUUCUGUCAGAGGCCUUUGUAUUUGUAGUGUGUUUGGCCUUGUAAGCCCCUUUUACACAGAACACAAAACCACAUAUACACAGUGUGUGAUGUAUAUCCUGAGCUUAAACGCCGAUUGUCCAAGGGUAUUGUUUCUGUAACGGUAUCGUCAGUACAGUAUGUUUACACUUGCUACAGAUAAUUACUAUUCUCCGAUUACCACAUCAAAGAAUGUUGUGCCAGUUUUAAUACCGACAGCUUCAUAUGAGCACAAAACUAUGCAUCCGUAGUUGUAGGUGAUUGCUAAAGUAGUAAGGACGCCAGUACACUUAGGGUGUUCCUGACCAAUGAGCAACCAAAAAGUGCUGCAAAAGACAGUCGGCCUCCCCCAGCCUCAUAAUGUAACCGGUGGUUUGGAUGUAAAAGACACGUUUGAAUAUUUUAUUUUAGAAACCAGCUUUAAAAAAACAAUUUCCUACUGGUACUUUUUUAAAGAGUCAUUUGUACCUUUUUUUGCACGACAGAGCUGUAAUGGAUUAUGCCAUCUGUAUGUAUGUGUGCGUGUGUGCGUCUGUCUGCUCCCAGUAUAAUGCAUUGUAAUGUUGAUGCAUGUCAACUGCUGUAACAAAACCUAUAUUGGGUUUAUAGAGUGGAUCAGCUUAAGCUCUGUACUCCCCAUCCCUACUUUUCUGUCCCUUUUUGUUUUGAGCUAAUAUUUCUAAACACAGUAUAUUUGUACAGAGAAAAUGAUAAUUUUGCAUCUUCUGUGACAGUCUAAACUUUUAUGGCACAACUGCAUGAUAGCAAUAAACUAUUUUGAAUGAA